AUGGCUUCACGCGUCUCACAGAUUCCUUGUUGGGGCACACCUUCUUUGCGUUACUAUGGUCCUUCGAGCAGCUCGACGCUAUUUCGCUCGACAUAUCUACCAGUCAAGAAGACAACAUGGCAGCUUCGCAACAGGACACUACAUACAUUGACGAGUGGGCGACGCUACCUAGUACCACAACCUUGGACGGCCUCCCAGAGUCGUCCUCUCGCUUUGACGCCAUGCUCGACGUCUCUUUCGUGCCUAGGUCGACACGCCCUGUCGACACUACCUGAGCAGAGACCUUACGACCAGCUUACUGUCGGCAUUCCCAAAGAGACUUACCCAGGAGAACGUCGCGUGGCCAUAUCACCUCAGAAUGUUUCCCUUCUACGCAAGAAGGGGUUCUGCAGAGUCCUCGUCGAGAAAGGAGCUGGAGAGCAAGCCACCUUUUCCGACCUUAUGUACGAACUUGCUGGAGCCACAAUAGUAACGCAGAGUCAGAUAUGGACAGAAAGCGACAUCGUUCUGAAAGUGAGAGCUCCACGCACUGAUAGUCCCAACAACGAAGUCGACGUGUUGAAGCAGGGCACCGUAAUCAUCUCAAUGCUACAGCCAAUGCAAAAUAAAGAGUUGGUGGAUGCUAUCGCUGCUCAAGGAGCAACGUCUUUUGCCAUGGAUAUGAUACCUCGCAUCUCGAGAGCCCAGGUCUUCGACGCUCUGAGCUCUAUGGCCAACUCAGCAGGAUACAAGGCCGUUCUAGAAGCUUCAAACCACUUCGGUCGAUUCAUGACUGGUCAGACAACUGCUGCGGGCAAGAUCCCCCCUUCAAAAGUACUCGUAAUUGGUGCAGGUGUUGCAGGUUUAUCAGCAAUCACGACUGCAAAGAGAAUGGGCGCCAUCGUUCGAGGCUUCGAUACCAGAUCAGCUGCUAGAGAACAAGUACAGUCGUUAGGUGCCGAGUUUCUUGAGGUUACUAUUCAGGAAGAUGGCUCUGGUGCUGGUGGAUAUGGCAAAGAAAUGUCAAAAGAGUUCAUUGACGCCGAGAUGAAGCUGUUCAUGGAGCAGGCAAAAGAUGUGGACAUUGUCAUUACUACAGCCAUGAUUCCUGGCAGACCUGCACCUCGUCUGAUCCUGAAAGAACACGUCGCUGCUAUGCGUCCUGGUUCAGUGAUUGUCGACCUUGCAGCAGAGUCAGGUGGUAAUUGUGAGGCGACUGUCCCCGGUACUGCUUCUGUCUAUGAAGGUGUGACAGUCAUCGGCUAUACAGAUUUUCCUUCUCGCCUGCCAACACAGUCCUCGACAUUAUAUUCAAACAACAUUACCAAAUUCCUGCUUUCUAUGUCCAAGGACAACAACUUUGUGAUUGAUUUGGAGGAUGAAGUCGUACGAGGGGCUAUUGUGACUCAGAACGGACAAAUAUUGCCACCAGCCCCUCGAGCAGCACCACCUCCAACACCAGCCCCUGCUCCGAAGGCUAUCCAAGUGGAAGAAGUGGUCGCACUGACACCAUGGCAGAGAACUGUUAGAGAAGUCACUACUGUCACAGCUGGGAUGGGUACCAUGUUGGCCCUAGGCAAGUUCACCUCACCACUAUUUAUGAGCAACAUUUUUACCACUGGUCUUGCUGGGCUGAUAGGCUAUCGCGUCGUAUGGGGUGUCAGUCCUGCUUUGCAUUCGCCUCUCAUGAGUGUCACAAAUGCUAUCUCGGGCAUGGUUGGGGUAGGUGGUUUGUUCAUUAUGGGUGGUGGCUAUCUACCAGAGACACUACCACAAUUCUUGGGCGCAGCAUCAGUGUUGAUGGCAUGUGUCAACAUUGGAGGUGGCUUUGUCAUCACGAAACGCAUGUUGGACAUGUUCAAGCGACCGACAGAUCCGGCAGAAUAUCCUUGGCUCUAUGCUGUUCCCGGUGUCCUCUUUGGUGGCGGCUUCCUUGCUGCUGCCGCCACUGGAAUGGGAGGUCUUGUACAGGCCGGUUACCUUGUGAGCAGUGUAUUGUGCAUCAGCUCAAUCUCUGGUCUGUCAGCCAUGAAUACAGCCCGACAAGGCAAUCUUCUCGGUAUACUCGGUGUCGGAUCCGGCAUACUGGCUUCGCUUGCUGCAGUCGGGUUUCCACCAGCAGUUCUUGCACAGUUUGCUGCGCUCGCAGGAGUAGGUGGUAUUGCUGGAGCACUUAUUGGCAGGCGCAUCACUCCAACUGAUCUGCCUCAGACAGUGGCUGCUCUACACUCUGUGGUUGGUCUUGCCGCUGUGCUUACUAGCAUCGGCAGCAUCCUUGCUCAUGUCGCCAAUAUCUCCAUGCUCCACAUGGUCACCGGCUACCUAGGUGUUGUCAUUGGUGGUAUUACCUUCACUGGCUCGAUCGUAGCCUUUAUGAAGCUAGCUGGCAGGAUGUCGUCGCGUCCACUGCAACUUCCUGGCCGACACUUCACUAACGCCGGCUUGCUCACUGCCAAUGUAGCCACCAUGGGUGCUUUUGUUACGAUGGCUCCUGCAGCUCCUGCAGUAGCAGCUACUUGUUUGACCGCAAGUACGGUUCUCUCUUUCCUGAAAGGCUACACCACAACUGCGUCGAUUGGAGGCACAGAUAUGCCAGUGGUCAUCACCGUGCUGAAUGCUUAUUCUGGUUUCGCUCUACUUGCAGAAGGUCUCAUGCUGGACAAUCCACUUCUGACGACUGUAGGUUCGCUCAUCGGUGUCAGUGGCUCAAUUCUGUCCUACAUCAUGUGCGUUGCCAUGAACCGCAGUCUUACUAACGUGCUUUUCGGCGGCAUUGCUGCACCUACUCCCACUUCGCAUGCAGCCGUGACAGAAGGCAAGACAGUCUCAGAGAUCAACAUUGACGACACGGCAGAAGCGCUUACGAAUGCUGAGAAUGUUAUCAUCGUGGUCGGAUACGGAAUGGCAGUGGCCAAAGCGCAAUAUGCCAUCAGUGAAAUCACAGCCAUGCUCAGAUCUCGAGGAGUAAACGUGCGCUUUGCCAUUCAUCCUGUCGCAGGCCGCAUGCCCGGUCAAUGCAACGUCCUCCUUGCAGAAGCAACGGUGCCAUACGACAUUGUGCUUGAAAUGGACGAGAUUAACGACGAUUUCCCAAGUACUGAUCUUACCCUUGUGAUCGGAGCCAACGACACAGUCAACCCUAUUGCUUUGGAGCCCGGGAGCCCUAUUGCGGGUAUGCCUGUCUUACACGCCUGGAAAAGUAAACAGACCAUCGUCAUGAAACGCGGAAUGAGCAGUGGUUAUGCUGAUGUUCCCAAUCCUAUGUUCUACAUGCCUGGGACGAAGAUGUUGUUUGGAGAUGCGAAGAAGACGUGUGAUGCGCUGAAAUCAGCCAUUGAGAUGAAAGCCAAGAGCCAAUUCCAUGUAUAG